GGAUGCGUCACGUGACCCCUUAAUCGCCCACCGUAUUUCCGCGUUCACGCCGUUAUCAAUGACUUUUUAUGGAGGUGUACCAGCAGCAGCGUCGCUGUUAUUGUUGUUGUUAUUAUCAUCGCCCUGCCCGGUCGCGGCUGAUUGUUGUCUGCUCUGAAUCCAUGAGACCUUAACUACCACAGGAGCUUCCUCCAUCUCCUCCUCAUCCUCAUCCCCCCAGCAGCCACAGCUUCCUUUCGAGCCCUGUUGUCGAGCAGCAGCGCGGACGAGCUGGGGGGGAAUCCGGGGAAAGGGAGCCGCGGCGCCGCGCACCGGCCAACGGACACAGCGGCGCGGCGCGGCGGCGGUGGUGGCGGCAGCGGCGGCGGCGGCAACAACAGCAGCAUGCUCACCCGGGUCAAGACGGCCGUGGCCGGGUUCAUGGGUGGGAUUAUGACCGGGGGAAGCUCCGGUGGGGGCGGGAAUUCGUCUUCGGAUUUGCCGCUGAAAUUCCCCUAUAUGAGACCUGAUUUCCUGGGACUGUCCGCGGAUGAAAUCGAGUGCUCCGCGGACCACAUAGCCCGGCCCAUCCUCAUCCUGAAGGAAACCAGGAGAUUACCGUGGGCCACCGGAUACGCUGAGGUGAUCAAUGCUGGUAAGAGUGCGCUGAACGAGGACCAGGCCUGCUGCGAGGUGGUGGUGGCCAGAAGGAGGCCGAUGAGCUACUGUCCCCCGUCCACACCCAGCAAGACCCCGACGGCCAAGAGACGCAACUCGCUCCCCAACGGCGAGGCCCUGGGCCUCCGCGUGGAACACAUGAUGGGCGAGGAGAGCGAAGGGCUGGUUUUCCACUACUGGGCUUUGUUCGACGGUCACGCCGGCUCAGGCGCGGCGGUCGUCGCCUCUCGCCUGCUGCAGCACCACAUCGCCUGCCAGCUUCAAGCCGUCAUCGAGAUCCUGCGCAACCUCCACACGCCGCCCCCCACCGUGCUGGGCGAGGAGCCCGACAGCAGCCCCUACCUGCAGGGAAACGCCCCGGGGCCGCACCGCUCCCUGACGCGGGCUGCCUCGCUGCGGGGGGCCGCCGGCGCCCCGAGCUCGCCGAGCAGCACCCCGCCUCCGCCGCGCUUCUACAUGGAGAAGAGGGUCCAACACGAGAGCCUGGUGAUCGGAGCGAUGGAGAACGCCUUCAAGGAGAUGGACGCCCAGAUCGAGAGGGAGAAACAAGUGUACAGCAUCAGCGGCGGAUGCACGGCACUCACCGUGGUUUACCUGCUGGGGAAGCUGUACGUCGGGAACGCAGGCGACAGCAGGGCCAUCAUCAUUAGAGACAACGAGAUCGUUUCCAUGUCGACGGAGUUCACCCCAGAGUCAGAACGGCAGCGACUCCAGUUCCUGGGCUACAUGCAGCCGCAGCUGUUGGGGAACGAGUUCACGCACCUGGAGUUCCCCCGUAGAGUUCAGAGGAAGGAGGUGGGCAAGAGGAUGCUCUACAGGGACUUCACCAUGAACGGAUGGGCAUACAAGACUGUUGAGGAUGAAGAUCUCAAGUUUCCUCUUAUUUACGGCGAAGGCAAAAAGGCGCGGGUCCUGGCGACCAUCGGUGUGACCCGGGGGCUCGGUGACCACGACCUCAAAGUUCACGACUCCAACAUUUACAUCAAGCCGUUCCUGUCCUGCAUUCCUGAGGUGAAGGUAUAUAACCUGACGCAGCACGAACACGGGACCGACGACGUCCUGGUGAUGGGAACCGACGGCCUCUGGGACGUCCUGACCAACGAGGAGGUAGCCGAAGCCGUCAGCACCUUCCUGUCCAACUGCGACCCCGACGACCUGCACAGGUACACGAUGGCGGCGCAGGACCUGGUGAUGCGAGCGCGGGGCGUGCUGAGGGACAGAGGCUGGAGGAUCACCAACGAGCGGCUGGGCUCCGGAGACGACAUCUCCGUCUUCAUCAUCCCCUUGAUGUACGGCAACCGGCAGCCCUGACCCGGUCUCCGUAAACAUGAACCGGAUCGAUAACCGGAUCCCGAACACUGAAAACUCCUUCUGAUUCCUUAUUUUAUUUAUUUCUCUUUUUUUUUUUUUUUUUAAAAAAAAAAAAAAA